CCUGAACACACCUUAGUUUCUCUGACAAAUAUCCACCGUGAAUGUUGACCAUGAAAACCUUGGCCUUUACGUGCUUGCUUUGUUUACUGCUGCUGCUAACCAAUGGCAUACAGGGUACCUCUCUCCCUGUACCAGAAGAUCCCAGCCCUUGCCCGGUGAGAGCUCCGUGUAGUUGCAAUUUCAAUAAAGUGUUUUGUAAUAAUCUAACUCAGACAGAGAUCCCGACCUUCACCAAGGUCAACGCUACUUGGAAGUGCUGGGAGCUCAACAUGAACUACAAUUAUAAUAUUAAAACGAUUCCGUCUGGAGCUUUCGAUAACAUCCCCUUUUGUUCCCUUCAAAUUGGUCAUAAUGGCUUUGAAACUAUAAAAGAUGGGGCACUGGCCGGAUCGGAACCGUAUCUUGAUUCCGUUUUUAUGCAGUACAAUAAUUUUAAGGAUCUUCCGAAUGAAAUUGCGCGAAUGCCAAACAUCACCAUGCUUAGUAUCCAUGACAACCCAAUAAAUUCCCUUCCGCAGACCAUGGCAUUCGCUUCAACUCUUGAGUUUCUCGAUAUUGGCUCAUCAGCAAUGACAACAUGGCCGAAUUCAAUUGGAACUCUGAAAUCUGUUUCGAGCUUGACAAUAUAUAAAUUAACGAUGUCUGAUCUACCUGUAAAUGCAUUUGAAGGUUUAGAGGACUCUAUUCAGUUGCUGUGGUUUACUGCAACAAAAUUCAAGGGUAUUCCGAAAGCAUUGAGGAGACUCCGAAAGGUUACUGAUCUGGCUUUCGAAGAUAAUGUUGAAUUGACUUCCGAAGGAAUCACUGAUGACGCAUUCAUUGGCAUGGACUCACUAAGAGAUAUUGACAUAAAAAACAGUAGCCUUUCAAGAGUUCCGAAUCUGUCCAAAAUCCCUGCAAUUUCCUCUCUAUCCCUUACUAACUCACCAAUUGCAUCUUGGGAUUCCAAUACAUUGCCUGAACAACCAAUCAUACAAUCAGUAAGUCUCACUAACACGGAUUUAGAUCACAUUCCGGCCGUUGUGCGACGCAUCAGAAGUAUUUUUCAAUUAACACUUCAAAAUACUAAAGUAUCCCAUAUUGGACCGGGUGACCUAGCAGGUCUUCAGAAGUUACAGUACCUUAGUCUGAGUCAAACUCCUUUGGUUAGUAUAUCAAUGGACGCUUUUAACGAUACAUCAAGUCUCCAAGGUCUUUAUCUAGAUAACACAAAACUCUCAGGAUUUCCUAGAGCUAUAGAACGACUUCCAGCUCUGAGGUUUGUGAGUUUACAGAAUGUCACCAUUGAAUGUUCAUGCGCAGAGCUUGGCUGGAUGAAGACUUGGAUCGGUAUUAAGCAAUUCCUGGGUGGUGAUGGGCAGUGCCACAACAUACGCAUGGAGUUUAUAGAAUAUGUACACAAUGAGGUACCCAAAUGUCCUUGAAAGCUGAUUUCACAACGUUUUAUUAAACAAGACAUAGAUGUUUUCUUAAUAUAAUGCCAUUAUGUUGAUUUGAGGUUUCGAGGGAAAGAUUGAUUUCAAUGGUGUACAUGAUACAUUUAUAAGAAGCCAAAAUAAUGAAUUAUACUGAAAUGAAUGAAACAACAGCGUGUACUUCUUGUUUGUCGGUGACAGUUUAUCAAGAUGAUGAUUGUAUUGAAAUGAUAUCGUUAAAGUGAUCAUUUAUCUUUGAUUAUAAACUGUGUGUCUAAAAAAAUUGAAAUAGAAAGAAAGACAGACAGAAAGUCAGAAAGCGGGACAGAGACAGACACAUGGACAGAAACUUGAAAUGCAAUUUUAAAAAUGCUACAAAUAGCAUUCGUAAUUCUUAAUAGACUGAUUAAAAUAGUUCAAU